AUGACGAUGAAGACUGUCGAUGGGACGAAUGCCCUAGAUUGUCCCGUACUCACCGACCCAACGAAGCAAAAUGAAGUCUACUCGUACUUGGAGAAUCUCAAGAAAGACAAUGCUGGCUGGCGUCGGUCUGUCGAAAACAUCGUCGGCAAUCUUAUAAGAAACCAUGAGGAGCAUUUUCUCUUGCUGCAAGUCGUAGAGGAUUACUUGCGAAAACGAUACUCUCAGGCCACGAUCGAAGAAAUAGAGAUAAUUCGAACUUUCCUCAGGAACUGGAUGCAAAAAUUGGCUUCUGGAACUUUUGUGCCCUCAUUUCUCAUCAACAAGAUGGGUCAUAUAUUUUCGAUCGUAUUUUCUGUCGAUUUUCCCCUACGCUGGCCUCGCUUUAUGCAAGAAGUGUUCCUAGAGAGAGGUUUUCCCCAUCAAUCAAAUGUUCAUUUCUACCUAAAAACUCUGAUUUCAAUUGACCAAGAGGUUGUGGACCGAGAUAUUGAGCGUAGCAAAGAGCUUUUUGAUAGAAACACGAAAAUCAAGGAUGCUAUGCGAGAACUCUGCAUCAAAGACUGCGCGGAAAGUUGGUGGCAAAUUCUGGAAAAUCCAAACCUUUCUGCCGAUCAUUCAUUAGUCUUCGAUGUUGUUGCUGCAUACAUUGAUUGGAUUGAUUUGGAACUGGUCGCUACUGAACGAUUCGUGCCACUUUUGAUUAAAGGGUUGUCAAAUAACGAAUCUUCAGAGGCAGCAGUAAGAGCUGUUGAAGGACUUGUGCAAAAGGGUAUGCCUGCUCAGAAGAAACUGUCACUCACUUCUGCUUUGCUGGAAGUCAUCAAAUCUAACAGCCUCAUCGAAGUUAAAGAGGAUAGUGAUGAAGAUGAUUUGGAUAGAAUUGGAAAUCUUAUUGCCUUGAUCGGACAUCAAUUGAUCAUUGUCAACUCACAAAUUGAGAAGGAAGGUGGAACAACGGCUGAAGCUAUCCAUGCUCUAACUUUGGUCAGACAACUUAUCCCAAUUGCUCUUCGUUUGCUUAAUGAUGAAAAUCCUGAAAUUAGUGAGAUUGUGAUCGAUUUCUUAAGGGUCUAUGUGAUGCUUAUUCGCUCUAGUGCUGAACAGGAACACGUCGCUACAAUGGCUCAAAUAGUCAAUACGGCACUCAGGCGUUAUACAAUGCCCUCGGAGUUGAAUCCAGAUGGAGAGGGCGAAGAUGAAAUUCACUUUCAUGAUUAUCGCAAGCAACUACGACAACUUAUCAACCCAAUUGGAACAAAACGUGUGCAAUUGGUCGUCGAGCCUAUUGAGCAAAUGGUGUCACAAGUACUUUUGGCUGGUACAGCGAGCAAUAUUCGUUUGGUGGAAUCAGUAGUACAAUUGGUCUACGCGCUUUCUGAGAUGAUACCGUCUACUUUCACUCAACAAACAAAGGAAAAAGACGUAUGGCUUGUUCGUGCCACGCAACUACCCUUGGCUUUAUUGCAAGCGAUACCUCUUGAUGGCCGUUCUGCACAAGUUCACAUACAGUACUUCGAAAAUGCUUGCAGAUAUGAAAAGAUUGUGGGCACAUCUCCAGAUAAAAUUGUCCCAAUUGUGACAGAAGCAUUUUUAGAUGAAAGAGGAGUUAGCUUUCCGAAUGAAAAGGUUCGAACCCGGGUCGUAUACCUGUUUGUUCGUUUUGUCAAAGCUCAAAAGCAGGCCCUCAACCCUCUGGUUUCUCAAAUUGUUCCUCGAAUCGCUCCACUUCUUGCACCUGGCUCAACUGGUCUUUCUGAAGAUGACCAAGGAUUUUUAUUUGAAGUAACAGCAACGCUCAUAAUCUUUGGAAAUCUAGAACCCGCGCAAAAACGGCAAUUUCUUGAAGAACUCGCAACAACAAUAGCUUCCCGUUUUCAACAAGGCUUGGUCGAAUUAGCGGCUACGCGAGCAAGACGCGAUAAGGCAGCAACGGAACAAAUGAUGCAAUCACUUUCAGCCAUUGUUACUCAUGCAAGUCGUUUGUCAAAGGCCUUUUCAAAAGAGGUAACAAUGGUUGCUCAUUCAUGCUCUGAUCUAUUCAUGAAGCUACUUACGCUUUUCUUGGAAGCUUUGUCUCCGACCAACGUCUUCUUGCUAGAAAGUGUUCGCCAACUUACCCAUCGUUUAGUAGUGUGCAUAGAACAAGAGAUGCUUGUUCUACUGCCAAGUGUUUUGGGAAAACUUGGGGAGUGCAGUCAAGAUUUAGACUCAAUGCAACACUUGUUGAUUCUUUGUCAUCAAAUUGUUUCAAAGCAUGGGAAAGCCGUUUUGAAGUCCGGUGUUGAUUUUGGGAUGAUAUUGACAAAUGCGGCCCGAUUCUCGGCCGACCCAGAAACGCAGUCAAAACUUCCACAAGAUGAAGCCAAUAAGAGAGCUUUGCUGUAUUGUCAACGGGCAUUCGGACAAUUCUUGUACAGCGUCGUCUCCAGUGAGACACUGACUGAUCUUGCUCCAGGAGCUGCAUCUGAUAUGAUUGUUGAAGCCGCUCGUCAGCUCUCGUUCUUAGCCGAUUCUGCAGUUCAAAAGGCGUGCAUUAUGAGCCUAAGCAAGUGUGCGGUUCUCAGCGUAACGCAAAAUGGAGGACGCUGGUUUGAAAUCGGGAUAAGAACGAUAUUAGAAGUUCCGGCUCUUCCGCACAUCUCUUCAACAGAUGCAAGCAGUCAAUUGGUAGUUCACGAAUGCUCAAUUGGACUACUAGCAAUGCGAGCAGCAGCCACUCCCCAAUUUGAUACUAUUGUUGCUGGUCUGAUGCCCGAGGAAAUGAAUAGGAACCUACACACAUUGCUUACUACGAUGAAGGGUCGAGAUUUGGACAAAAGCUUGAUCGCCUUCUACGCUCCAUUGAAACAACAGCAACAA